UGUAAUCCGACCAUUUCUUGAAAAAAAGUGCAAAGAUGGUUAAUAUUGGAAUUAUUGGUGUAGGCCUAGUAGGAUCUGAAUUGAUUUCUCAAUUAUCUGCUCACAUUUCUCAAAAUGGGACACCUACUUUCAAAGUAAUAGCUUUAAUGAAUUCAACAAAGCAACUCUUAAGCAAUUCGUCAUAUUCAUCACUUACUUUAUCUUCCUGGAAAAAUGACUUAAGUGCUAAAGGUACCACAUCGAAUCUCAAUUCAUUUAUCAAUUAUCUUAGUGAAGCCCCAACUCCAUCAAUAGUGAUCGAUAAUACAUCAUCACAAGAAAUAGCAGAUUCAUAUCCUCUUUUUAUAGAAAAAGGUUUACACAUUGUUACACCAAAUAAAAAAGCAUUUAGUAGUGAUCUAAAACUUUACAGAGAAAUUAGAGAAAAGGCUGCUGAAAAGAGAAGAUUUAUAUAUCAUGAAAGUACCGUAGGAGCAGGAUUACCAGUAUUAAGUACUUUAACAGAUUUAAUAAGAACUAAGGAUAAAAUUAUUAAAAUUGAAGGAAUUUUUUCGGGAACUUUAAGUUAUAUUUUUAAUGAAUUUUCUAAAUUGGAUGGUGAAAAAAAAAAUUUUUCAGAAAUUGUUAAGAUUGCCAGAGAAAAUGGAUAUACCGAACCUGACCCACGUGAUGAUUUGAACGGAUUAGAUGUUGCUCGUAAGGUUGUUAUUUUAAGUAGAUUGACAGGAAAAGAUUUGUCUUUAGAUACAUUACCAGUUGAAAAUAUAGUUCCUGAAUCAUUACGUACUUUGGAUAGCGCGACAGAAUUUAUGGCAUCAUUAACUCAAUAUGAUGAAUAUUUUCAAAAAUUAAACACCACUGCUAAUAAUGAUCAACAAGUAUUACGAUAUAUUGGUGUUAUUGACCCAAUUGGUGACAAGAGUGAAGUUAAAUUGGUUAGUUUAUCAUCUUCACAUCCAUUUGCUGCACUUAAAGGUAGUGAUAAUAUUAUUUCCUUCACCACUGAAAGAUUUCCCAGUCCCUUGAUUAUUCAAGGUGCUGGAGCUGGUGCGGCUGUAACUGCAUUUGGCAUUUUCUCUGAUUUAUUUAAAAUAUCUGAUAGAACAUUAUUUUGAAUAACAAAAAAAAGUAUUGAAGCUGAAUUUAUAUUUUUUUAUUUUGAUGUCUUAUAAAUAAAAUUAUAUAUCUUUUUCUUAUUUGAAAUCAUUAUUAAUCUUUGUUAGCUUAAUAUU